ACAAACAACCCCAAAACAUUCCACACCAAACAAAAACCACCCAAAUAAUACUUCUUUCAUAGUCUUAUUUACAAACACCAUAGCUAGACAAACCAUGGCUCUUCCUUCUCUUUCUCCACAAGAUGAUUUUAGCUUUCCAACAAUCACCGAUACACCACCAUGUUUCAUUGAAUCACCACCUUUAUGGAGGACAACAUCCAUUUCCUCCGGUCGCCUCGAAAAAAAACCUAGAAAUGAUCAUAUUACAUCUACAAAGAAAGAAGUUGAUCAUGAAGAAAAAUUUGACAUGUCUCCAUUAAUAUCCAACUAUAUUAACCAAAGAAGGAGUUUCUCAUACAUAGAAGGUGCUGCUGCAAUGAAGAGAAUGAUUGAAGAUGAACAAAGUCAUAAUCAUAAAGAGGAAGUAGAACAGGAAGAGGAGAAGAUGGAUAUGUUAUGGGAGAAUUUCAAUGAAGAAUCCAACCAAAUUAUGACAAGGUGUUGUGAGAAAGAUACAAAGAAGGGUCUAAUUUCCCCGGGAAGAAUGGUGGAAUUCAAAUGUGGUCAAGCUUUGAGUCUGUCCAAAGCCAGUAAAAGGCAAAGCUUAGUGGUUCUCAUCAAAGUCUUGAGAAAGGUGUUCUUGCUUCAUGCUUCUCCAACUUCAUUCAAGAAAGUUAAACUUUAAUUUGAUCAUUUCUUUGCACCUCUCUCUUCCUUUUGUUGCGCAUAAUUUUAUUGAGUUUUCUUGUAUUUCUUCCAUUCAAUGAAACCCUACUUUCCACCUU